AUGUACAAACUGAUCCUUGCCGCCGCUGCUCUUCUCUCUCUCACCACCGCAACUCCUUUGGCCGAGAGACAGGACCAUCCCGACCAGAUCGCGCUCGGCCGCCUCGCAUAUUCGCGCGGCCAUCAAUUCGUUGCAUGGGCGCCAUCAAGAACCACGCAACAAGAGGCCUGUAGAACACAUGCAACGAUCCAAGUAAACAACUCCGGUUUCCCAGACCGCCCUAUCUGCGGCAGUCCCUUCAGCGUUGGUAACCUUGUCGACGUGACCCUGGCAUGUGGCACCUCGCCGGUUACGCCGACGACCAGCGACGUGGUCGCCGUGAUCGAUGCGUCGGGUGCGAGGAUCGAGAACUGCGUGAGCGCGGUGUCGGACUAUGUGCCGUGUGACAAUGUUGGAUCAGGGUUGAUGCAACAGUUUAUCUGCACGUGGGAAGCAUAG